CCUCACGGCAGUGCCUGGGCGAUGCGAUGCUGUUGCUGUGGGUUUGAUUGACAGGAAACAUGUCGGUGUGGUGGGAGAGAACCGGGAUGCAGCUGCUGCCAAGGGAGACAGGGAGUACCUGCAUCCAAUCCACACAUCAGCACCUUUAAAACCACCAGGCUUUCCCCCGAAACGUCUGCUUAUGAUGCGCUGAACAGCUUCUCUUUCUAUUUUGAACAUCCAUUUGAAACGAAGGGGCACCCAAUGGAUGCUGUGGCAAACCGUGUAGUCCCGCUCGGUAUCUUCAUAUUGUGUUUGAUGUAGCCUACAACCAGAGACACCUGGAUGAAACAGCAGGAACUACGAGGACUGUUGCUGCAAUGGAGUCGAGUCUCUCACGGCUCAAACCCCGUCUGUAAACCUACAACAUCUCGUUUCAUGGCGUUUUGCAGGUUGCUCUGUUCCGUGGGCUUCUCCACGUAUCUUUUCUGAAUUAUUGCUAUUAUUAUUAUUAUUUUUGUUGUUGUUUUGAAUUUUAAGUGCAAAGGGAAAAUAACGACAACUGCUCGCAAAACUAUGAACGAGGAGAUGACAAAAAGCGAGGAGCAGCAUCUUAGUUUGCAGAAAGCCUUGCAGCAGUGCGAGUUGGUGCAAAAUAUGAUAGACAUAAGCAUUUCUAGUUUGGAGGGUUUACGGACCAAAUGUGCCACAUCCAACGACUUGACACAAAAAGAGAUACGAACGCUGGAGGGGAAGUUGGUGAAGUACUUCAGCCGCCAGCUGUCCUGUAAGUGCAAAGUGGCCUUAGAGGAGCGCAGCGCCGAGCUGGAGGACUUCCCUCGCCUCGGCCACUGGUUCCGCAUCGUCAACUUGAGGAAAGAGGUCACACAGGAGAUGAGCCCACGUGAGGUGACCCUGGAGGGCCUGCUGGAUUUGAGCGAGGAGCAGGUGUGUGAGCUGCUGCAGAAGUUUGGUGCCAAUGAAGAGGAGUGCGCCCGACUCAAUGCCUCCCUCUCCUGCCUCAGAAGGGCCCACCAGCUCGAACAACUUGAGGAGGAUAAAUUGCACACUAACGGAGGGAGCCAGGCGAAGCAGGAUUGGUCCAUCCAGUGGCCCACCUCUGAAUCGGGCAAAGAAAACACUCCGGUGUGCCAGCCAGAGGCCAGUCAGUGGAUCCGGUUCCAGCUCUCCCAAAGCCCCAAAGUCCAGUCCAAGUACAACCAGCACAUGUGCCACAGCCCCCAGGCCCUGGCCCCCCCUUUAUAUGCCGAUCGACUGACCGUCGACAGCCCCGCCACAGGGCUCUUCAAUCCCUUGGACUCUGGUCAUCGCUCCCUGCCCCCAUCACCCCGCCAGAGGCAUUUUGGCCAUACACCUCCUCGGACUCCCUUGGUGGUCAACACCAUGACCCCGCCUGGCACUCCCCCCAUGCGGCGAAGGAACAAAGUGAAGGCCCCAGGAACGCCACCUCCGCCGAGCCGCAAGCUCAUCCAUCUGCUGCCGGGCUUCACCGCACUGCACCGCAGCAAAUCCCACGAGUUCCAGCUGGGGAACCGCUUGGAUGACACACAGACACCAAAAGCCAAGAAGAAGACCAAGCCCUUGAACCUUAAGAUACACAGCAGUGUGGGCAGCUGUGAGAAUCUCCCCACGCAGCGCUCGCCCCUCCACACUGAACGAUCUCUGCGAUCCUUCUUCUUCCCCUCCUUCAUCCCUUCCACACCUCCUGUCCAUGCUGAAACACCCUCUGCAAACACUCUCUCAGUGCCUCGCUGGUCCCCACAGAUUCCCCGAAGAGAUCUGGGAAACUCAAUAAAACACAGGUUUUCCACAAAGUAUUGGAUGUCCCAGACAUGCAUAGUAUGUGGAAAGGGAAUGUUGUUUGGACUGAAAUGUAAAAACUGCAAGCUGAAGUGCCACAACAAAUGCACCAAAGAAGCCCCACCUUGCCAUUUACUGAUCAUACAGCGAGGCGGACGAGAAUCCCUCAAAGACCACCAAGGAACAACUCAAGUAGCUCGUCUGGUACGGACCGAAUCAGUGCCGUGUGACAUCAACAACCCGCUCAGGUACACAGACCUGCACAUCAGUCAGACGCUCCCCAAAACCAACAAAAUCAACAAGGAUCACAUCCCAGUCCCGUACCAACCAGACUCCAGCAGUAAUCCCUCAUCCACCACCUCCUCCACCCCGUCCUCCCCAGCUCCUCCCCUGCCCAGCAGUGCCACACCUCCCUCGCCACUGCAUCCCUCCCCACAGUCAGCGCGGCAACAGAAACAGUUCAACUUGACAGCCUCCAGUUAUUUCAAAUACAAACAGCAGUUCAUCUUUCCAGAUGUUGCUCCAGAAGCUCCUCCAAGCAGAGCACCACAGGUCAUCCUGCACCCUGUCCUGUCUGAACCAGGGAAUGAAGGCAACCCUUUACUUCAAAUCGAAGUUGAACCUACAUCAGACAAUGAGGAGGGCAACGACGAGGACUCCGGUGACGAGUUUGAGGAGAUGAACCUGUCGCUCCUGUCGGCUCGCAACUUCCCGCGCAAGGCCAGCCAGACCAGCAUCUUCCUGCAGGAGUGGGACAUCCCGUUUGAGCAGCUGGAGAUUGGAGAGAUGAUCGGUAAGGGACGCUUCGGCAAAGUUUUCCAUGGACGCUGGCACGGUGAGGUGGCCAUCCGCUUGAUCGACAUCGAGCGCGACAACGAGGACCAGCUCAAGGCCUUCAAGCGUGAGGUGAUGGCUUACCGCAACACUCGCCACGAGAAUGUGGUGCUGUUUAUGGGGGCCUGCAUGAGCCCACCACAUCUGGCCAUCAUCACCAGCUUGUGUAAAGGCAGGACACUUUAUUCUGUGGUGCGCGAUGCCAAGGUUGUCCUGGAUGUUAAUAAGACCAGACAGAUUGCACAAGAGAUGGUCAAGGGAAUGGGCUACCUUCAUGCUAAGGGGAUUUUACAUAAAGACAUGAAGUCCAAGAAUGUGUUUUAUGACAACGGCAAAGUCGUCAUCACUGACUUUGGACUCUUCACUAUAUCUGGGGUUUUGCAGGCUGGCAGCCGGAGAGAAGACAAACUGAGGAUCCCCAAUGGCUGGCUGUGUCACCUGGCCCCAGAAAUCAUCCAGCAGCUCUCUCCGGACACGGAGGAAGACAAGCUUCCCUUCUCCAAACAGUCAGAUGUCUUUGCUUUUGGCACCAUCUGGUACGAGUUACACGCACGUGAGUGGCCUUACAAGAGUCAGCCAGCAGAGGUGAUCAUAUGGCAGAUUGGCAGUGGGAUGAAGCCCAACCUAGCCCAAACUGGCAUGGGGAAGGAGAUUUCAGACAUUCUGCUUCUGUGCUGGGCGUACAAGCAGGAAGAGCGGCCCAGCUUCUCCAAGCUGGUAGAUUUACUGGAAAAGUUGCCAAAACGGAACCGUCGCCUUUCCCACCCAGGGCACUUCUGGAAGUCAGCUGAGCUGUAACGGAGGCAUCGAUGGGACUGUGUCUUUGCGUGAAGCUCGUCCUCAGCUCUGCUCACAUCUGCUCCACCGCCUGCCUGCCCUACCGCCCACCCACCCUUUCUUGCCCCACCCUGCUUCCACAACCCCCACCUUUCCUGCUCCUCCUUCUUUCUCCAGCUCUGACAUAUACAUAUUUCCCCUAAUGCCUGAUUGGACCCUUUAGCAGUCAGUAUUGUCCCACUUUGCCAGAGUGGGUGACAAAUAUGCCGCAGACUUUCAAACAGAGAGGCCUUUCUCCGCUCUAUGCCUGAAGCCCCUCCCCAAAAUGACACCCUUGUCUUUCUGUUGAGGAAUUUCAACAUGCAUACAACACCAUUCAUGCCAUGCUGCAACUCAUCUUAAGCUGCAAAUAUGUUUUUUAAUACCAUGAUUGUGCAACAUAUCAUUCUCAGCUUUUUAGGGAGCCCCUGAGAGAAAUUUUCACAAAAGCUACAAAACUGUUUUAAAUUAUAUCUGGAGUGUGAAAUUAUGCAAAUGAGUCAUUUUUACAUACUUUGAAGUUACUGCGGUCAGUCAUUUUGGUCGCAAUCCUAUGAAGACCUUUUAUCUCCACAAAGUCAACUUAUAAUGAGCAAUGAAGCAAAAUACUCUGAUUUUGGGUUCUAUCACAAUGCAUUUGGAAUUUUUAGGCCUAAGGAAUAGGAAACUUUCUUUCAACCCUAAAAGUAACAUUUAAUCUUUUAGUUUAUCUGAAAACUUAAAAGUCACCAAAUUUGGAGAUUCAUAGUUUGCAUCGGGUAGCGAAGCAUGGCCACUGUGCUUCAAGAUGUGUAUUUUUGUGAUACCAACUUUACCAAGUAAUGUAUCACUUAUACAUUAUUUUUCACUACAUUUUGUUUUUCAAACAAAGUUUUUUCUUUCUUUUAUUUUGUAUUGUGCCUGUAACCAAAAACAGUCCCACACCACAACAUGCAACCCAUGCAUCUCCUAGAAAUUACGAUAAUAUACUACUAAUUUGCAAAAGUAAAUACAUUUUGGGAAAGACAUAAUUCUACCUGAAGUACGUAAUGAGGCACACUGAGCAUGAUAAUAAUGAAGAAAUGUAUUUAAUAAGCGUAUCUGCCAAGUUGCAAAAUGUUCAUAGAAACAUCUUUCAGUAGUGUUCCCUACAAUAGCCACCCUUGCAAUUCAGUAUCUGCUCAUAUCAACUAAAGCAUUAUUAACAUUUUUUAUGGUUAAGUUUAGGCGAUCGCAGCACUUGGUUAAGGUUAGGAAAAGAUUGGGGUCUUGGUUGAAUAUUGAAAAACUCAAAAGUGACUUGAAGCAAGACCGAAAACACAAUCUUUCCCAAACCUUUACCAAAGUGCUUUUGUUGCCUAAACCUAACCACAAGCUGGACUGCAAACCCAGAUCUCUGGCAUCACACCUUUGUAUGCCCACGAUCAACCCUGAUCUACCCACCUAUGACUUCUGUGCGGUACAAACAUGUAGCGCUUCAUUCGCUCGAAAUAACAUUGCCUAUGAACACAAUCCAGGCAAGGCAGAGAUUACGUUUCAUACCACAGUGUAAGUGGGAAAACAAGUUAGUAGUAUGUAGCGUAAUGUAACUUCUAGGAGGCAGGGUUGACAUGAUGCAACAGUUUGAAUGUUGUUCAGUUGUGUGAAUGCUACACAUCGUACAUAGCUGCACAGCACAUCAACAGACAUCUACUGGUGGCUACUAAGCAGCUGCGUCUGUGCAGUCGGGAGGUUAUGUGCCUUGUUCAAGGGCACCUCAGCAGCUGUGGAUAUUAAGGAAAAAGUGAUUUUUUAUUUUUGUUUCCCAGUUGAUUCCAGGAUUUUUUUUUUCUGAAUGAACACAUGUAUGAUUGUUUAAAUUCUCUGCUUCCAAAACGCUCCCAAUUGGUACAAGAAAAGCCAACACUUCUCUUUAGUGCUAUCUGUGCACACUGAAAGUCAUUUUGUCAGUCUCUGCUAUUAUUUUUUUCUUUCGAAGAGAAAUUGUUAAACUUAAACAAAGCUGUUUAUGUCACAUCUACUUUAAACUCAGAACCAGGCUUCUUUACUGGACAAGCUCGAGCAAGUUAUUGCUUGUGAGAAAAGAUGGAGUGGUAUCAAAUGCUGGUGGAGGGAAUCAAACCUUCCAAUGAGAAUAUCUCAGUUUAAUUGAUUCUAUUACAUGGUCUACUAACUUAGAAAUAUGCAGAACCCAUUUGUCUGGACUGACAAAUUAAUCUCUUCCCAGUGGGUGAAGAAGAAUGAAAUUGAUUUCAAAAACCCUGUACCCACCAGAUGAAUGUUAAAAUAUCUCCAUUGAUAUUCGCAUCCAGUGGAAUGAAUGUGAGUUUUCUUUUUCUCUGAGGAAUUUAUGUGUAAAACAUUAAAUAUCCAAGUGAUGAGAGUGUUUUUUGUGAAUCACAGUGUGCAUGCUGUUUGAGCAAAUUACACAGACACUAAAAUACUGAUAAUUGGACAGAAUACUUACAUGUGUGUUUAUGAGAGACAGUGAGCUAAUAGAUUAUUUGAACUCUUGUAGGUGUCUAAUGACCUCAAGGCUAUGCAAUUGAUAUAAAGAGAACAUACAGUUAAAUAUUUUACUAAAGUACCGAUUUAAUAGGCUUAACUACUCAUCUUGACAGUUUUGAGUAUGCAUUUAACAUUUUUCUAGUGGUAAUCAAAAACAAAUCCAAGUAGUUUUUUUUGUCUUUCAAUACACCUGCAACUUUCACAUACAUUUAAGGCAUGUUUUGAUUUGUUUAGGGAACCCAUCUUCCAGUAAGGUCUGAUUCUCAUAUGCUAAUCAAGAUGGAGAAUGAAAUGUUAAACCUCCCUGUACAGUCUUUGGUGAGAGCACUUGAGGCUUCACUCCUGUAAAUUUGAUCUACGGUCUACAGAGGCAGCUUGCAAAUCACUUAUUUGCGAUUCAGGGAUGGUCUGUAGCACUUGAACAGCCGCAGCCACUACAUAUGGUGUAGUACAUCUUCGAUGCACCCAUUGCAAAGAAUCCCAUGUAAACAUGCCAAUGCUUGGACAGAGUGAAUAGGAAAAGCUCUGGUUUGUAAUUGCCCUGCAUAUAUUUGUUAGGACAGCUGCUCUUACACGCACACAAUAAUGCAGCUAUUAUCAAUAAUGUGAGCAAGUAAGAGUCUGAUUAAGCUAUUAACAUGGUUUCAUCCUGUGAAAACUCCCUCCAGUUCAUAAUACCUUUUUCAUGAGUGAUGUAAUUUUUUCUUUCAUUCUGACAGGAUCGUGGAAAGGUUUUCUUUUCUUUAUUUUCACCAUGUCCUGCCGCUAUCUAAUUUGAAAUGAAUUACAACGAUGAUUUUAUACAACAAAUUCCAAAUCUAUUUCAAAGUGAACAAUACUCAAUCACUAUAUAGGGACAUAGGUGAAAUCUUUUAUUUAUUUUUUUUAGUAUGAGCCAUGUUUAAAAGCUCCAGGCAGACUGCCUACAGCUUUACAGACUCCUGCUACAUACUGUCUUGGUUUUAAACUGACAGACCACUUAGAAGAACUACAACUAUUUUGCUUCACAUGUGUUGCUGACAUUAAAGGAUAAGGCUGGUGAAUAUUUAAUAUUUUUCUUACUGUCAACAAAUCCCAUGAAAAGACCAAAACUAACAAUGUGUUAAUCCAUCUCUCAGUACUUUCUCACUUCCCUACCCUGUCUAUCUUUCAUGGUGUCAUGUUAAGUAUAUGGUAUUUAAAUGAACUUUGCCCUGCUCACAUAAUUGUCCUAUUCACAUUUUUGAUGUGCAUGUAAAAAUGUCCACUAUGUUUGUCUUAGAAAGGAAAUGAAAGGAAAAGAAACUUGUAAUUUGUCCACACUGCUUAAUAAUUUUGAUCACGACACAAAUAUAUAUUCCACUUGGCGCCCACAAUAUUUAAAAGUUUGAAACGCCUUUCCUAACUAGCUCCCGCUGGUUUAAAACAGUUCUUUUCAGACUGCAUCCUGUAUGAGUGUACACAGUGUGGGCAGAGGAUGAACCGCGUUAGACAUAUUUCUUGUCAAUUCCUCUUAACCUUCCUACAUGUACUUGGCUAAUAGGGCCCUGUUGAGAUCAAACACAGUGGCAGGACAUCAAAAAAAAAGGAAAGGGGAAAAAAACACAAUUCACAGAAGAAGAAAGGCAGCUCUAGACAGCAAAAUGAGCUGUUCUUAGCUACCCUGUUCGUCUAAUUCCCUCUUGCUCAACAAAAUAUUGACAUAUAUAUAAGUAUCGUGCCACACAGUCAUCUGUUGGAAACCAGCUUCAUACAGAUGAGUGCAUGCAAAGAUGUGUAUUUUCCUACACAGAAUUCCUCCUAGAAUUGUACACGGUUCAUUGUUCAUUCAACAAUGACAAACAUGACAGUCUGUAGGAAUUGUAUGGAUACAUAUGAGCUUGAUGCAUGUGUAACUGACUUUAAUUCUGUAAAAUAAAUUAUAUUAUAAAAGAACAAAAUGUGUUAAAAGAUACAGUUUUAAGAUCCUGCAUUUGAAUUAGCUUUAAAGUAAUAGUUUGACACUUUUGGAAAUACACUUAUUCGCUUUUUUGCGGAGAGUUAGAUGAGAAGAUCGCUACCGCUCUUGCGCUGUAUGGUAAAUAAGUUGCUGGAACCAGCAGCAGGUUAGCUUAGCUUAGCAUAAAGGCAGGAAAGGGGGAAACAGCUAACCUGGCUCUGUCUGAAGGUUAAAAAAAUUUGCCAACCAGCACCCCUUAAAGCUCAC